CCGCACGCAAUUUACCAACCCAUACCCUUCCAAUGAUGAUAUCCUCCUCGAGAUUUUCCGUCCUUGGCCUCCUCUGGCUGGUCAGCUUCCUCAGACUGUGCAGCGCCGACAACGCUUUCUGCGGAUGUCAGAACAGUCUGACAUCGUCAUACAUCACCAUGAACCCACCGUCGGGGCAGACGAGGUACAACUCGGCGACCCAAUGCCAACAGGUUUGCUACACCGCCAGUAACCCUACUCCGGCAGUCGUUGGACGUACGAAUUACCGACAUUCUAUGUACAGAGCUACCGAUGGACAGUGUCUCUGCACAGACAAGUACCCGAGCGUGGCGUACCAGUCUAAUGGGAUGCCCGACGCGUGCGCCAAUCCCGCCGACUACGACAACAGGAUCGUGCAGACCACAUUCAUCAAGUAUCCGGAUUGCUACGCCGGUACUCCGGCCGGGAUCGUCAUGUCGGGGAUCGCAGGGCCCGACAGCUGUUCCAUCAAAUGUGCCAGUUCUUUGAACAUGGUCUUCUGGAUGAAUGCGGCAGGCGGUAAUUUCCAAUGUGGAUGCGGAACCGUCGGAACGUUCCCAGCAAAAUCAGCUACAUGCGGACCCGACACCUACUUUAUCUACUACCAUACCGUAGCGCAAGCAUCACAAGGUUUGAGUCGAAGAAAAGCACGCGACGAGCUCGUAAGAAGACACAAGCCCAAGGCGCUUUGCCCGAAAGGUCUCACGGCAUGUCUAGUGCAUGAAGGCGCAUCAGCGUUCGAGUGUGUCGAUACGCAAAACGACAUCGACUCGUGUGGCGGAUGCCUUUAUGGCACACCCGAUGCUCCUGAGCUUACGAACGGUGUCGACUGUUAUACAUCCGGAGCCGCUCUGGGAGCCGCCACCUGCUCUGAUGGCGUCUGCAAUAUAACACAGUGCCGCAAGAGAUACGAGUUGAGAGAUGGAUCGUGUAUCAGACGAACUGGACGAUGAGCGACCGGCAGGCACGGUCGGAGAAUUUGAUCGAACAUGGAAUCAGGGAUGGACAGUCAGGUUUCGAUUUUUGAUGAUUGGUACUGCCAGGACGUACGAAUAGAUUGUAUCGAAUAUAGAACGUUUUCAUGUAAAGACCAAUAGCUCAUAAUUACCAGAG